CCCGAGGAUGGAACCCUUUUACCCGGAGAGGCUGAGAAGGCGCGCGACGGGACCCCCCGCCUCACCUACCGAGAAAUCCCCCUUCUAUUGUCUCUUGGCCCCGCCCUCCAUUGGGCACGCCCUUUGCCUCAUCCCCCGCCGUUUAUUGGCUACAGGUCACGCCCCUCCUAGAUAUCUCCGUCCCCAUUGGCUCCUCUUCCACGUUAUCCUCUCCGGGAGUUUCCCCAUUGGCGCAGGCCACACCCUCUCAUUUGUCACCGGACUCCACCUUCAGUCUGGGUUCCUCCCCUCGCCAUCCUUCAUUCAUUCUGCAUCUUGUGCUGGAUGCUUGAGACAUGGGGGUGAAUCAGACCCGUCCCUGCCCUCAGGGAGUUCAGGACAUGGUGAGGGGACACGGACCUAGGCUACGACAGUGACAACCUAGGGCGGUAAAGAGGCCGCCUAGGCGCCCUGGGAGCCUCUAAGACGCCUGGAAGACUUCCCGGAGGAGAAGUCAACAGUGUGGGGAGUUGGAGUGGCCCAGCUGGAUGUGACCCCCAGAACAGAAUGGUGCUGGACUCAGGGGCUCAGGUGUAUGGGCAGUCACCCCCCAGCCCACCAGCCAGGCGCGCAACCUUGGGCCGUAGGCCGAAGCCCUCAGACCGAGAUGGAACACCGCUGUACCCCUGGCCUCGGUCCCUGGCCUUGCCCCUGGCUCUGUCGGUCUCCUCAGCCCUGCGGCCCCGGCCUGAGCUGCAGUCCCUCUCAGAGCUGCGCUUGGGCCGCUGUGGCCACAUGCGCCGCAGUGAGAGCACCUACACCAUAAAUAAUACUGGCCGACUCAGGGGUGGCACCCAGAGUCAGGCCCCACCUGGACGCAGACGGGAUCUAGGCGGGGGCACCCUGCGGUCUGCGUCCUCCCUGCCCCACAUUGCUAAGACUCAAAAGUCCGGAGGCCGUGGUGCCAGCAGGAGCCCCUGCCUGUUGAUGGCCCUGCGGCCAACCAACAUGGACAGUGAGCGGGACAAGUUCUUCCAGUCCUGUUACACCUACAACCCACAGUUCGAGUACCAGGAGCCCGUGCCUACGGCUGUGCUGGAGAAGUACUGUGAGGCCUCUGGACAGUUCAUCCAUCAGGCAGUUGGCAUCAUUGAGGCUGUCCUGGAGAAGUUUGGCACCUACGAAGACUUUGAGGCUGCGACUGGGGGCCAGCUGCUGACCAAGUGCCAGAUCUGGUCUAUUGUGCGCAAAUACAUGCAGAAGGAGGGCUGUGUCGGGGAGGUCGUGGUGCAGCUGAGUGAAGACCUGCUGUCCCAGGCAGUGAUGAUGGUGGAGAACAGCAGACCAACACUGGCCAUCAACCUGACCGGAGCCCGCCAGUAUUGGCUGGAAGGCAUGCUGCGGCACGAGAUAGGCACCCACUACCUGCGAGGCGUGAACAAUGCCCGGCAGCCCUGGCACAGCGCCGAGGGCCGGCUGCAAUACAGGUUGCGGCCAGCGAACCCCACGGAGGAGGGCCUGGCCAGCCUGCACAGCGUGCUGUUCCGCAAGCAGCCCUUCCUGUGGCGCGCGGCGCUGCUCUACUACACCAUCUACCGAGCCGCGCACUUGUCUUUCCGCCAGCUCUUCCAGGACCUGGCGCGCUACGUGCAGGACACAGACGUGCGCUGGGAGUACUGCGUGCGCGCCAAACGCGGCCAGACCGACACCUCGCUGCCAGGAUGCUUCAGCAAAGACCAGGUGUACCUGGAUGGCAUCGUGCGCAUUCUGCGGCACCGCCAGACCAUCGAUUUCCCGCUGCUGGCCUCGCUGGGCAAGGUGUCCUAUGAGGAUGUAGAUUACCUGCGGCCCUAUGGGGUGCUGAACAAUGCUCGGGUGCCCCACUUCAUGCAGGACCUGGAGCGCUACCGGCAGCAGCUGGAGCACAUCAUGGCCACCAACCGGCUGGACGAAGCAGAGUUGGGCCGCCUGCUGCCUAACUGACACUGGCUGAGGGCUCUAGACCGUCCCCCUGACCAGGAAGAGGGCUGCUCUGUGCUUCCACAGCCCGGGUGUUUCUUGGGGAAGCUGAGGGGACAGGAGCAUCUCAGGAGGGAGGAGUGUGUUCCCUGCUAGCCUCCCUGGACCUGGUGGCCAGCAGCAGCAUGUUGAGCAAACAGUGUGCCCUCCCGCCUGUCUGUUGACAGAGGGGAAGCCUGGGGGCAGCAGGGAAGCUGAGCAUGGAUGGGGAUGGGGGAUGGUUUGGGAGUAGAAACUUGUUCUUGCAUGAGAUGACUUUGGGUAUCUGCGUACUCCAGCCUCCCUUCCCCCACCCGGCCCCUUGGUGCUCCUUCAGCUUUCAUGCUGUCUACCUCUCACUGGGCCCUGGUGGGGUCUCUCUUCUUCUGGGGUGAUUACCUGAGCCUGGGGUCCUGGCUUUCACACAGACUCAAGGGACAAGGGUCCUAGUAGGUAGAGACCCAUUUGGGCUGGGAUGUGCUUUCCAGCAUUUUGCCUCUCCCACUGCAUGUAUUUAUUCCCUAUUUAUGUGCUCUCCUUCCUGGGGCUGGAGGCAGCAGCUUCUGAAGGUUCAGGGACAGGCUCCUCUGGAAGGCACCCACUGUUCCUAGCCCCCAUCUCAGCACACGCACACACGCGUGCGCACACACACACACACACACACACACACACACACACACCGUCCUUCAGGCCUUGUGAGCUGAGCCCGAGAGUUCACCAGGCCCUGCUCCUACCCCCACCCCCUCCUCAGGCCUCUGUUGUCCUCGUCUUUGUCCACACCCUCACAGCUGGUCUCUGACAGAGGUUGGCAUAGCCUGGCAGCAGCCAUAAUCAAACCUGAGGGGCAGACACCUACCUGUCCCAAAUCCUGAGCCCCCGCUGGACCAGGAGAGGUGCAGAGAUGGUUGUUGCUUCCAGUUUCACCUCAGACUUGCUGUCUGAGGUUGCCCCAGGCCCACUCCCACCCUUGGCCUUAGUUUUCUCAUCUGUAAAAUUUGGAAAUGCAGCUGGAAAGCCCUUAUUCAUUUAGUCAGUGAAAGGUACUGAACGCCAUCUGUGUGCCAGUCACUGGUCAAGCCCCCACUGAGCUCCCCGUCCUGAGAGGAGCCAGACAAUUAAAACAACAAUGACAAGAA